AUUUGUUCAGCCAUGUUAAGGAAUCCUCUUUUAUUUCUUUCUUUCUCUUUGCUUACAAUUCCCUCUGCACUUUUUAAUGGACACAGACGCCGUCGUUUCCUUCGAUCAUGUCUCGCCGGAGGAUUCUCACGAGGUUCAUGUUUUGGCCGUCGACGAUAGCCUCGUUGAUCGAAAGGUCAUUGAACGCUUGCUCAAAAUCUCAGCUUGUAAAGUUACAGCUGUGGACAGUGGAAUCAGAGCACUGCAAUUUCUGGGGUUGGACGAGCAGAGAGGGACCUCUGAAUCUGAUGGUUUUGUCCCGAGUUUGAAGGUGGAUCUAAUUAUCACAGACUACUGCAUGCCCGAGAUGACAGGUUAUGAAUUGCUCAAGAAAAUAAAGGAAUCGUCCAUGUUCAGGGAAAUUCCAGUAGUGAUUAUGUCUUCCGAAAACGUUUUGCCUCGCAUAGACAGAUGCUUGGAGGAAGGUGCAGAGGAUUUCAUAGUGAAACCAGUGAAAUUAUCUGACGUGAAACGGUUGAAGGAUUACAUGACAACGAGAGAGGUUAAGGUUGGAAGCCAUGACAGAGGAAGCGGUGUUGAUGAUGUUGGUGUGGAGAUUAACAACAAAAGAAAGCUGGAAGAAGAGGAAGAGACUUCUGACAUGUCAUCAUCGCCACCGUCCAUUUCUACACUUUCAUCAUCGCCGUCCGUUUCUUCACCAUCAUCUUCUCCUACAUCUUCACCCACCGUUCUCGCUUCUCCAAUCAGACGGCUUAAAAUGAGCAGCACGGAUUGACUCUUUGGAAUGGCAUCCACAGCAGUAUUUAAAUUUUUGGUCUUAAGAUUUAUUACUUUCCUCUCUCUGGGGUGGAAUUGCAAUUACCCGUUGGUGCUGUCUGUAACGGUUUUUGUUGCAUUGGCCCUCUCUUAUUAUCUUUUGCUAAUUUGUUUUGUUUGUUUGUACGAAGGUGGGUUAAGGUUAUGGAAGCAUAAUGUUAUAAUGUGGGAAAAGAAAGUUAUUGAAAUAAAUUAUUUUUGCAAUGUUUUUUGUUGGAUUAGAAAGUUAGAAGAAGAAGAAGAAGAAGAAGAAGAAAUUGGGAGUGAAACAGAUGGAAUAAUAGUUUGGAAGAUGUUGUCUGGUGUAAAGAAUAAAGAAAUGUGAAUUGGAGAUGUUGGAAGUGUUCCCUUAAGGAAGAGGGUGGGAAGGUGUGGUGGGGUCUUGGAACUGCUGUACUUGUCUGGUUGUCUCUGAUGGAGGAGAUUUGGCUGCAAUAAAUCUGUAAUAUCAGAAAGCAUUGCCUCUGUCAUGUGGAAGAGGAACCAGAAUAUUUGGUUGUUGAUACUGGACCAUACUCA